UGGCUCAACGGGCCCCGUUCGGGGCUUCGCUUUAGGCAACCGCUUUUUAUAGUUGCACCUCGCCAUGGCUCUGCAACUUCCGCAGGCAGUGCGAUGCAACGAAGCCAUCAUCAGAGGUGGCAGCAUCCAAAGAGGAUGGGUAAAGCCUCAAGGUCCAGCCAGUGGUUUCGCGUCUAAGGGCCUGAACGGCUCGGUGAUCGCAGCUGGUGGGGCGGUAGCUCUCGCGGCACGUGUUAGUGCCAGAAAAGCCAGUCGCGGCGAGCGCAUCCGACCUGCCAAACGACGGGUCGUUCGCUCGGCGGGGCUGCUGAACAACAUCAAGGAAUUCUUUGCAAAGAACAUUUCGCCAAGCGAUGGAGGUGCUGAAGAUACCAGCGUCCGAAUCCGCGUGAGUUCCAACAUGUCGAUUGGCCAGCCAUUUUGCGGCGAGUACCAGGAACAAAGCGUCAAGUGCAACGAGCGCGCGGUCUACAAGAAGCUGGGCCUGCCAGCCAAUAGCCAGGCCGUUUACUUGUUGUACAACGAUGCGCAGCAGUGGGCCUUUACGCCCCAUGCCGAUGGACGCCCGGAUGGUUGGGCCUUUGUUGGAGAUGCAGCGAUGGACCCCACGAGCAUUGGGGGCCCCUUUAGCAUCUGGGAUGGCUCCGACUGGGUGCCUGACACCACGCUGAAGCUGCUGGGCCCGGGACAAUCUGCAGAGGAGGAGCCUUCCUCGGUCGUGUCAGCGCAACCAUCUGGCCUUCAGGACAUCGAGCAACAGGAAGAGGUCGCGGCGCCGGUGGUGGCGGCCCAAUCGACCCUGCCUGAGGAGGUCAGGGCUUUGAGCAUGUUACACUGGAAGUCCCACUGGAAAGCGUCGCAGCGCUGCCUCAUCGACUGGCCCACGGGCCCUGACGGAUUGGACCAAAAGCCCCUGCCCCUGCAUCCCGGUGUCCGUCGCGGUGUGCUCCCCAAUGGACUCCGCUAUGUCAUUCUGCGCAAUGCCAUGCCUCCGAAGCGCUUUGAGGCGCACAUUGAGCUGCACGUUGGCAGCAUUGAUGAGGAUCCAGAUGAGCAGGGCAUUGCCCAUAUGAUGGAGCACGUUUGCUUCCUUGGGAGCCGAAAACGUGAACGUCUCAUCGGUACUGGCUCGCGCUCCAAUGCGCUGACGGAUUUCCAGCAUACCAUCUACCACAUCCAUGCACCCGUGAAGCUGGAGGAUGGCAGAGGUAUGUACCUCCCUGCGCUCGAGGCCUUGUACGAGAUCGCCUUUGCUCCAGAGAUGCUGCCGCACCGUAUCGAGAAGGAGCGCAAGGCAGUGCUGGCUGAGAUGCAACAGGUGAACGACAUGGAGUACCGCAUUGAGACCUGGACCUUGAGCGGUCUGCACGAGACCAAUAAGCUGGGCUCGCAAUUCCCCAUCGGCAAGGAGGAGCAGAUCAAAGCCUGGCAACAGAAGGACCUCCGCAACUUCCAUGAGAAGUGGUACUACCCAGGCAACGCCACGCUCUACGUGGUGGGCGACUUGGACGAAUCGGAGAUGAUCGAUGGCAUCAAGAAGGUCUUCGAACCAGCGACCGCCAGACACAAGCCUUCACCGGACAGUGCCAUCAUGGAGCCCGUGUGGGGCGAGGCCUCUGCAGACGCCAAGUCCCUCUUCCGCCGGAAGAUCGCCCGAGAUCGGCCCGAGCAGCUGCAUAACUUCAGUUUGCCCAUGAUUGGAUCCGAUCAUGAAUUCACAAAGGCAGCAGCUUUUGACACCAAGAGUGGUGGCAAGCCCUGGCACGGACCUCUGCGUAUCUUCCGCAACGAGUUGUUGGAAGGUUUGCAGCUGAACUUCUACGCGAAGACCCCGGUGCGGCCACUGCGAACCUACGAGGAUAUUCGCAACCUGGUGGCUGUCCGCAUCCUCGUCGGCGUCCUGCAGUUCCGCAUCGUCUCGCGCUACAGUUCCAAUCAUGCGCCCGUGCAGAUCGAUCACAGCGAUUCAUUCCGUGAAGGAUGUGCGGUGACCUCCAUCACCGUGAACGCGGACCCCAGGGAUUGGCGAAAUGCCUUGGCCUGCGUGGUGCAGGAGAUCCGCGCCAUUUGUGACUAUGGCAUCACCGAGAGCGAAAUGAAACGCUAUAUGGAUGCCAUGCUCAAGGACGUGCAGAAAGGGGUCCAAGAGAACGACACGGUGCCCUCCGAGGAUCACCUGAACUUCAUCAUGACCAGUGAUGUCUUCGACCAUAUCGUGAUGCACCCUGAGCAGUCCUACGGAGCUUUCAAAGAGGCUCCCGGGGUUGGGGAGCGGCGCGAGGUUGCUCCCACCGUGACUAUGGAGCAGGUCCAUGCCACGGCCAAGUGGAUGUUGGGCUUCAUCGGGUACUACGGCCUGGCCGCUGCGCCGCCCAUCACGGCCAUCGUGGUGUGCACACCCACCCAGGUCUAUGAGGUGCCCUUCAGCAUCACGGAGCAGGAGAUCAUCGAGCUACUUCUAUCGGUCCCAGACAAGACCAAGGAGGAAGCCUUGAACCAGGUCGACGUGCCGGAGAACCUGCUCUCAGGAGAGAAGUUGGAAAAGCUGUUGCCUCCAAAUCCCAUCGAUGCCAUGACUGCUUGGAGAGCCGCCUCGCGAAAGGUGGACGACGUCACGGGCAUCGUGCAGAUCAUGCUCCCCAAUGGAGCACGGGUGAAUUAUGCGUGCACGCCCAAUGAAUCUCAAGGAACCAUGCGGAUUUUGGUGCCGGGUGGCCGUUCCUCCGACGAACCGGACGAGUUGGGUUCAGCCAUGGUGGGCAUCAGGACCAUCUCGGAAUCUGGAGCUGUCAGCGAUUUCAGCCGCGAGCAGAUUGAGCUCUUUGCCGUGUCCAACCUGAUGAGCGUACACCUGGACCUGAAUUUGGAAUUCUCCUACAUCGAUGCCAACUUCACCAACACAACUGGAGGCGAUGUUUUCGUUUUGGAACUUCUGCAUCUUCUUUUCCAGGAGCCUCGCUGGGAAGUUCCCGCAUUUGUUCGGGCACAGCAGGCGUACAAGGCCCAGGCCUAUGCAGUGCAGAAGUCUUUGGAGCAGAGCACCAUGGAUCGCUUGAUGCGGAUGAUGUACGCCGAUCCACGGGUUUCAGAAGCUCUGGUGGAAGACUUGAACAAGCUCACUCUGGCAAAGGUUCGGAGAGCGGUUAGCGGUCAGUUGAGACCACAGGACUUAGAGAUCAACUUGGUGGCGGACUUUGAGGGUCGUGGCCACAGCAAGAUGCAAGGCGUCGAGGGAGGGCUCAGCACCGGCAAGCAUCGUGAGGAGCGACAAGACAAGCAGCAAAACCGAUUAGUUGAGGGCGAGCACGACAUUGAAGAAGUGGAACUUCCAGAAGCUGCCAAACAAAGGAGGUUCCUGGAGUUGGAUGAAGCUUUGUGGAAGUACUUGGGUUUGCUGCCUGCCAGUGAGACGAAACAGGUGAACUUGGACCGACCACCACAGAUCAACAAGGGAGAGGAGCUUUCUCCAGAAGAUCGACAACGCACUGCCCACCUCGAGGACAGCGACGAACGCGCCGUUGCAAACAUCGGUGGUGGCGCACCAAACCGAUGGGGCAAGGGAGACCAGUACCACAAGGAGAUCAUGGAGAAGAUGCAGUUCUCCUGGGAUACGCCAAACAAUCAGCUCAAGGAUCAUCCGCUGGGGCCCUUGAGAUCCUUUCAGGCAAUAAAAACCAUGUUAGCCUCUGGUUAUGACUAA